CUUGAAAGCGGUGACGUCACGGGUUCCACGUUGGCCGGACGUGGCAGAGUCUCCUGGUGCAGCAACCGCGACGCUUUGUCCGGGGCUUUAACAUCCACUUUUUACCCAAACUGUCACACACCACACUCCAUUCAUGGGGCUGACGUUGUCGUCAGUCUUCGGACGACUUUUUGGCAAGAAACAAAUGAGGAUUUUGAUGGUCGGGCUGGAUGCUGCUGGGAAAACCACCAUCUUAUACAAACUGAAGCUCGGCGAAAUUGUAACAACCAUCCCCACUAUUGGUUUCAACGUGGAGACAGUAGAGUAUAAGAACAUCAGUUUCACAGUGUGGGAUGUUGGCGGUCAGGACAAGAUCAGGCCCCUGUGGAGGCAUUAUUUCCAGAACACACAGGGCCUCAUCUUUGUAGUGGACAGCAAUGACCGAGAAAGAGUGAAUGAGGCUGCAGAUGAGCUCUCAAAGAUGUUGCAGGAGCAGGAGUUGAGAGAUGCCGUUCUGCUGGUCUUUGCCAACAAACAGGACCUCCCCAACGCCCUAACAGUCACCGAGCUCACAGACAAACUGGGUCUCAAUUCCCUCCGCAGCAAAGCUUGGCACGUUGAGUCCACCUGCGCCACCCAAGGCACCGGGCUGUAUGAAGGACUGGACUGGCUUUCCACAGAGCUGUCCAAGUAGAUGGACCGGACGGAUGAAAGAGUGACCUUUUCACGGACAUUCAAUCGGGAAACAUUUGGUCUUCCAGCAGCAGACAAUGCUGCAGACUAGUAGGAGGAUGUUUUUUGAUUGGGGUGGUUAAGUCCCCAACUUGUAUCUUGAAGCCUUUUCCAUAUUAUCUUUGUUUAGUUUGCUUAUUCUUAUUACCUUUGCAUUCCAUUCUAAGACCAGCAAUCCUUUUGAACACAAUGCAACUGAAUUCUUGAUGGUCGUGUGGCCUAACAUUCAGUGAACCAUGUUGCCUGCCACUAAAUGAAUCCACAAAGGAA